CCUUGAGGAUUGUUCAUUGAACAAGAAAUGAUCGACCAUCAACCACCAUCAGGAUAUCCUUUUUUUCCCAUUGAAAUGAAAUGCACGACUAUUCAACCACCUCAGAUGACAAUUGCGAAUGAAAACUGUAGCAGUGUAAAUAAUAACGCGUCGAACAAUCGGGCAGUUAGCAAUUCAAUAGCGGGAACUGUUGUCGAUGGAACAGGCAUUUUAACUCAAAUCAAUCCUUCACCAAUCGUACUACAACAGCAGGGAAACAACAACCAAAUGACAUCAAUGAAUGUUUCGUCACCACCUGAACACCAUCAUAAAUCUCCAACAGUAACUUCAACAGGUUCCUCAUCAUCGAGUUGUGGUUCAUGCUUGCAGCCAAUUUGUGAUCGAUACAUCAUGAAAGUGGUCGAAACACCUUAUCAUGAAAGGUGUUUGCAAUGCUUCUCAUGUUGUUGCAGUCUCAUGACGACGUGCUACCAAAGAGAUAAUAAAUUAUAUUGCCGAAUAGAUUACGAAAGAUUAUUUGUGAAGAAUCGUUGUCUCGGCUGUGGGGAGAAGAUUGGAAGCGACGAGCUAGUCAUGAGAGCUGUCAACAAUGUGUUCCAUUUAAAAUGCUUUAUAUGUGUGGUGUGUGGUGUACGAUUACAAAAAGGCGAUCAAUAUGUCAUCAAACAGAGUCAACUUUUCUGUCGCCCGGAUUAUGAGAAGGAAGUUGAAAUGUUUCAAGGAUAUAACUAUGACGAUUACUGCUGUGAGGAUGUUUAUCACACAAGAAUCGAUGGUCGAAGGGGGCCAAAGAGACCGAGGCGAGAUUUCAUUAAUGAAAUACGAGCUUUUAAGGCUUCCUUCGACAUUUCUCCAAAGCCAUGCCGAAAAAUCCGUGAAGGUUUAGCGAAAGACACUGGAUUAAGUAUCAGAAUUGUUCAGGUUUGGUUUCAAAACCAGCGUGCCAAAGUGAAAAAGAUUCAGAAAAAACAAUUGAAAGAAGGUGGAAAGUUAAAGGACAACGAGUCGCAAGAAGAAUCGGAAAAUGAAAGCAAAAUGUCAGUGAAGAUAAAAGACGAGAAUUCAAGAUCAAAUCAAUAUUUGCAAGACAGCUGCAGUGACACUGAGAAUGGAAUGUGCGAUACAGACUCGUUUGGAUCACGUCUAUCAGGUAAUGGCAGUAGCAGCAUUGCCGGCGAAUUCAAGCAUAUUAAAGAAGAGAUUGAGAAUGAUGAAGACUAUUUCCGUCUGUUAGCCAAUCAAACCAGAACGAUGAGACAAUUUGAUGAUGGAGCAACCAGUAUAAAAAGUGAAACGAUGGCGUAUAAUAAUCUGAUGGGAAUGGAUUAUCAAUCACUUCAACAUUUAGCAUCGUUGGUUCCGACAUCGCAAAUAUUAAAUCCAAUCGAUCGCUUAUAUUCAAUGCAAAAUCAGUAUUUUUGUAAUGAGACUCAAGCAAACAUGCACCACCCACAUCAUCAAAUGUGCGAGUAAAACUUUCAUCAUCUUACGAGUCUCUUUCUUUUCUUUAAUUGUCCAUAUUAAAACAAACAAUAACAAAUCUUAUUAAACGAG